GAGAACAUUAUCUAUGUUUUUUUUAAACAGUACGUGCAACUGCACACAUACAUAGUCUUAAUUAAACUAGACUUUCUCUUUUUUUGCUUAAAGUUCCAGUAAAGUCAGUUUCUAUUUCCAGUAAACAGAUUGGGAUAAGGAAGAAACCAUUUUAAGAAACCAUGACUCAGCUCAGGAAAUCCACUCUUCAUGUUUUUAAAAUAGUUUACAGUAAAUAAUUAACUUUAAGUUAGCUAUAUUAGAUUCAACGGGACACCUUUUUGAAGUUUACAGUCUCAUCAUAUAUACAUCAAAACAAACAGACUGGUAUAUGAUUCUGCGGAAGUGGUGUAUCUAAUUGAAAAUAUUAAACAUUAAAAUCAUGCAAUUUGAAAAAAAGUAUAUGCAGGAAUGAAACAAAAAAAAAAAUGGAGUAGUAUGUGUUACCUAUUCCAAAAUUACAUAUAUGCUUUUCCUAUUCAGUUUAUAUUGUUAAAAAAAGUGUUACAAAUAUGUCACAAAUUUAGAAACAGAAAAAUCUUUCCACAAAUAGUUUAUGAUUGCAACAAAGGGGGUUUCUUAGGGUUUCAUCAUAGUGGUUUUGGCGCUACACUAUUUAUUUCUCAAAGCAACAAUUACAAAAAACUGAAAAAAACACUGCAGUGUAUUUUUUUGACACAGUAGCAAAAAAGGACUAUAUAAAAUUAACAUCAAAGACAAGAUUAUACUGCAUAAUGCAUGUUAAGAUUUAUUUAAAAUAAGUCAAAUUCUGUCAAUUUUCUCUUAUUAAAAGUUGAAUUAUAGUGUGAUACAACCUGCUGCUUCCUUCAUCUAGUUUGCCCAAACCUAUCAAACAUCCCAAAGCCCAUUACUCUCAUCUUUCCAGUUUUCAAUUUUUUACAUUUACUACAUUUAAUUUCAUCCAUUGUCAGUCAAUGACUGUCAAUCAAUAUCUGAAUCUUUCUACAGCAUACUGAAUUACAUUUCACAUGCUGUUUUAAAUCUUCCAUUUCUAUUUUCAGUAGCAUAAUGAUUCUUUAUGCAAAACAAAAAACAAAAACAAACAUUAAAAAGAGAAGUACUGCAUGGAAAUUUAGGGUGAAGUUAUUACAACAUUCAUUUGAGAUGACCUGUUAGCCUAUGAAUGCAAUUUCCCUUCAGCUACAGCACGCUGCUAAAUUUCAGCCAACACCCAUCGGCCUAUCCUGCUUCUGUAGUUUAAGGAAAAAUAGAGAAUUUCUUCAAAUCAGUUUUAAGAUGAAUUAUUUUAAGGGUCCAUGUAUGAAGACAAUCAAGUGAGUUUUGCAAAGUUUUUGACAGAAAAGCACGACUUCCACGGUCACUUCCUCUUGUUCACUUUGCUCUAUAAAUGUGUGGCCUUCCCCGGUUGUUGUUUCAUUUGCUGUGUGAACCUGACAAGGACAUCAUGGAGCAUGAACCAUGGAUGAAUCUAUUCCUGCUCGUCAUACUGUGUCCUUUUAUAACUGGUGCUCCAUCCUCUGUUUCGUGCCCCAAUGACAAUCUCAGUAUUAGGGGAGGGAGAUUUUCUUUCUCAAAAGAUGGGAGCAUUGUAAGAUACACCUGUUCAGAAGGCUAUUACCCAACCAUUAGGAUCCGUCGCUGUAUCAAAAGCAGAUGGAACCCGUUGCCCAAAAGAAAACAACCGGAGUGCAAGAAAAUCACAUGUCCUGAUCCUCGUGGUUUCGAAAAUGGAGAGGUGUAUCCAAAUCAGAAACAGUUUUUUGUGAACGACACCACCCACUACUCGUGUCAUUCUGGCUAUGAUUUCCGUGGCUCGGGGACUCGGGUUUGCCAGGCGAAUGGGAAAUGGAGUGGAGGCACCCCAGUCUGUGGACGAAACUCUGACCACUGUCCCGAUCCUGGGGUUCCCGCUGGCUCUACAAGAACAGGCCACGUGUUUAAUAUAGAUGACAAAGUCUCGUACCGCUGUGUAAAUAAGUUGACUCUGAUUGGUUCCAAGGAGCGAAUCUGUCAGGAAAAUGGCCAGUGGUCAGGAACAGAGCCACAAUGUUACGCUGAUUUCACAUAUGACAGCCCAGAAGAAGCAUCAGAGGGUUUCAGCAGUUCUCUAAAGUCAAAUCUAGCGGUUUCUCAACAGUACGAAGUAACAGAUCAGUAUGGAAAAAAAAUCCGAGUGGGUAGUGGGGGGAAGCUUGACAUCUACAUUGUUCUGGAUGUAUCUGACAGCAUAGACGAAGAGGAAUUUAAGAAGGCAAAAGGUGUCAUCAAAACACUUAUAGAAAAGAUCAGUUAUUAUGAAGUCUCCCCAAACUAUGAGAUCCUGAUUUUUGCCACAGACGUUGCUCGGAUAGUCUCCAUGAGGGACUUCAAAAGUGGGCAAAAUAAUAACCUGUUAGAUAUUCUUCAAAGACUGAAGGAUUAUGAUUAUAACAGCAAAGGUGAUCGAACAGGAACUGAUAUUGCCCGGGCCUAUAGGAGCAUUUUAGAAAGUAUGCAAAUAGAGCAGAUGAGGGAUAAAGAGGAAUUCAAGAAGACCCAACAUAUUGUGAUCAUGUUCACUGAUGGUCAGGCCAACAUGGGUGGUAAUCCAAGACUAUGGGUGGACAAGAUCAAAGAUCUUGUCAAACAAAAUACUCUUUCAGAGGAGCAGGACAACCUUGACCUGUAUGUGUUUGGGAUGGGAGAUGAUGUGAACUCCGAAGACAUUAAUGAUUUAAAGACCGACAGGGGAAAUGAGAAGUUUUUCUUCAAGCUUCAGAACUUGGAAGAUUUGCAGCAGACAUUUGACGGCAUGAUUGAUGAGGGCACCAGUGUAUCAUUAUGUGGUCUUUACAAAGACUACGACGAUGGCACUAAUUCCCACAAACGUCAUCGAUACCCCUGGUUGGCAAAGAUCAGUGUGACUCGCAACAAUGGAAAAAUUUCUAAUUGCGUGGGGUCAUUAGUCACCUCAAGCUUUAUUCUGACAGCGGCUCACUGCUUCAGGUUUGGUGACACACGUGAAAGGAUAUCUGUUGAUUUGGGUUCAGACAUUAAAGGAAUAAAAGUGAAAGCGUACAUACCUCAUAAACUCUAUAACGUUACAGCGAAAAAGAACUUGGGAAUACCUGAAUAUUAUGAGUUUGACGUGGCACUUAUUCAGUUGGAGAAACCUGUCAUUUUGGGUCUUGGUCUUCGGCCAAUCUGCAUCCCCUGCACCAAAGAAGCAAGUGGAGCUCUGAGACUUACGAACAAGGAAGGAACAUGCAAAAAACAUAAGGAAGAGCUAAUGAGUGCAGAAACUGUGAAAGCUUCUUUCAUGUCGAUCAUGGGAAAAAUCGUUGAGAGGAAAGACAUCACGAUCAAGCAGGGAAAAUGGCGGGAUUCUUGUGUUCAAGAUGCCAAAAAAGCUGACGGAAUUACUGCGAAAAAUGCUAGAGACAUUGUUACAGAUAAUUUUCUGUGCAGCGGCGGUAUCGAACCUACUGUAGAUGAUAUUGCCUGCAAAGGCGACUCUGGUGGGGCCACUUUUGUCGUUCCUGGCAAUCGAAUAGUCCAGGUGGGUGUUGUCAGUUGGGGAGUGAAGGAUCUGUGCAAGGACAGCCGGAAGCCUAGGCCUGAUUCACACACCAGAGAUUACCACACAAGUCUGUUCAGUCCAGAAGUACGCAAAUUCCUUCAGCUCUACCUAGGAGAUGAGAAAUUGGGAACCCCUCUUACAUUCCUGUGAACGUUGUGUUUAACAGUAUUCUGUUUGCCUGCUCGGAAACAUUGUGCACAUCUCUCGGUUGACUUUUUCCUGCUGUGUAAUUUGUAAGAAAUGCGACACAGUAAAACACUGUGAAAUAAUAACAAAGGGAAUAUUAUAUUAUGCAGCCUGUAUGUUUUUUUUUAAUCAUUUUUAACUUUGUAUCCUGUCCAAAUAUUAAAAUAUCGUUAGUUAAUAUAUUCAGUACAAUCAUAAACAGCACUUUUCAUGAAUGGUGUACAAAAUAAAGCUUGAAAAUGUAUUUCA